AAACAUUUGCACAUUUUAAUCUGCUUUAUUACAUUAUCUUUGCAGGUACAAACAUAACCAGCAACCGUCAGUUCUCUGUGGAUAACAGCCUGGGUUUGUCUGAUGAUCUUGGUCUUCUGUUUGACAGUGGAGAUGGUUGUGAUUUCAGAAUUAAUGUACAAGACAUCAGUGAAGAGGAAGAACUGACAUUUUGUGUGCACAGAAUGAUCCUCAUGAUUUAUCCAGAACUAAACAUAACAAAUGAUUCCAGAAACCUCACAGUUGAUGUCACAGAGACUUGUCAUCCUCAUGUUUCUGCUUUUCUCAGGUAUUUAUACACACGUCAGAUUGAUGUUUCCAUCACGUCUGCUCAAUGUCUGCAUCAGCUGGCGUUUAUCUUUGGAGUGAAGAAGCUUAUGGAGGAUGUCGGCAGGACCUUCACUUUACUCCUUCCCGAAGACAACACCUUCCUUACACAGGUAUCCAUGUACGAGUACGGCAUUCGCACAGAUGAUCUUGUUCUGCAGGAGAACGUCCUUCAGUAUCUUUCCUGGAACUGCGAGUACCUCAUAAGCUCUCCAGUGUGGAGCACCAUCUCCUUUCACAUGAUGGACGCUCUGCUGCAGCGCUCAGACCUGAUUGUGAAGGAUGAAGCUUUACUUCUUGAAGCUCUGGAGAGAUGGAUCCAAGACAAAGGUGAGGAGAUUAGUUCAGAUCAACAGACCAGUCUCCUGAAUCACAUCCGCUUCCUCUUGAUCCCAGUGGAUAAACUGUAUGAAACGCAGUUUUCCUCAAGCGUUCUCCAUCAGAAUCAUGAGAAACUGUACCUAACUGGUCUGCUCAGAGGUUUUCAGUUCAAUGCUCUGCCUUUCUCUAAGAUCAGGAAUCAAAUGGAAAACAUGAGUAGUGAGUAUCUAUCCAGAAUCUACACUGGAGAUGAGUGGAGUCUAUUUAUCAAUGACACAACCGUCAAUUACCCAUACUAUCACUAUGGCCAAAAUAACAGAAUACAAACCUUCUCCACUCCAGCAUACCCUAGUGCUCUUUACAGAGAACAAAAGGUCCAGUGGCAAGCCCAGGUGUUUCUUAGUGCUCAGGAAUGCUCUAACUAUGGUAUGUCAUGUACAUCUUUUCCUGUUGCAAGGUUUUACGGAUAUGGUAAUCAGAACAUGUACACUAGCACCAUUCGCUACAGCAACAGGUUGAUUCUCAGCUGUAAGAAUGAAAACAAUGUCUUUCAUGUUCAAGAUUUCAAAAAUGACAUGGCAGUGAUUCCAAAUAACAGCAGUAUGGGCCUUCCAAACCCCUGUCCCGAUGACUACAGUUUUAGAUUUGUAGCGCGUCCAGAGUAUAUCUGAAUGAAUGCUGUUAACAUCAUGUCAUUUUCUACAGUGGAAAAGUUUAGGUCUGUUUAUUCAGUUCAAUCCAAUUAAAAUAAUGAUUAACCUUCAUUUAUAAUGUUCAAUGUCAGUUUAUGAUCAUUAUAAUAAUAAGUGAAGGGUUUUAAUCAUUUUGAUUAUGUCAUGUAAUGAGCAGUAUUGUUAGAUAUUAACAUGUUUGAUUGUUUAAAGAUGCACUUAAAAUCAU